CUCAAAGGGAAGGGGCAUUCCCGUAAUUUUCACCAUUUCAUCCCCUCUCCAUUUCCAUUUCAAUUUCUCCUCGCUUUCCAGUUCCAAUGCGAACCUGGAUUCCUUCCUUGAUUCAGGAAUCCUGUUCUCUCGCUCCGUUCUCUUGCCCUAAAUUCCGCUUCCCUUCCCGCGAAAAUUAAACCGCAGAAAGCCUACAACGAUUUUCUCUCACUCGAUUUCUCGCACGCGUAAAGCACUGGAUUGAAAACAUGAGGGCAGGCAGUGCAGCAAAGCUGAUCGUGGAUGCAUUGCUCCAACGGUUUCUUCCACUCGCAAGGCGUCGCAUCGAAACCGCUCAAGCGCAGGAUGGACAAUACCUCCGACCAUCUGAUCCUGCUUAUGAACAAGUAUUAGAUUCAUUAGCUAUGGUGGCUCGACAUACACCUGUACCUCUUCUAGAAGCUCUUCUUAGGUGGAGAGAAAGUGAAUCCCCAAAAGGUGCAAAUGAUGCUUCUACAUUUCAGAGAAAGCUGGCAGUGGAGUGCAUAUUUUGUUCUGCAUGUAUUCGUUUUGUGGAAUGCUGCCCGCAGGAGGGACUUACAGAAAAGCUUUGGUCUGGACUUGAAAAUUUCGUGUUUGAUUGGCUAAUCAAUGCCGACAGGGUUGUCAGCCAGGUUGAGUAUCCUUCCUUGGUUGAUUUGCGAGGGCUGCUCUUAGACCUAGUUGCACAACUGCUAGGUGCUUUAUCACGUAUAAGGUUUAGUUCUGUCACUGAGCGCUUUUUCAUGGAGCUUAAUACUCGCCGUAUUGAUACAAGUGUUGCCAGAAGUGAGACGCUCAGUAUAAUUAAUGGAAUGCGUUACCUUAAACUGGGGGUUAAGACAGAUGGUGGGCUGAAUGCAUCGGCUUCCUUUGUAGCAAAAGCAAACCCUCUUAAUCGGGCUCCCCAUAAAAGGAAAAGUGAACUCCACCACGCUCUAUGCAAUAUGCUUUCAAGCAUACUAGCACCACUAGCAGAUGGGGGGAAAAGCCAGUGGCCACCAUCAGGUGUGGAUCCUGCAUUGACUCUAUGGUAUGAAGCUGUUGCUCGAAUAAGAGUACAGCUUAUGCAUUGGAUGGACAAACAAAGCAAGCACAUAGCUGUUGCCUACCCUUUGGUGACUCUUCUUCUUUGUCUUGGUGAUCCUCAAACGUUCAACAAUAACUUUGGCCCUCAUAUGGAGUAUCUGUACAAGCACCUCAGAGACAAGAACCACCGCUCUAUGGCCUUGGACUGUCUUCAUCGUGUUGUGAGAUUUUACUUAAGUGUUUACGCAGAUUACCAACCCAGAAAUCGUGUUUGGGAUUAUCUAGACAGUGUAACCUCACAAUUGCUAACCUUUUUGAAGAAAGGCCUGUUAACUCAGGAUGCCCAGCAUGAUAAACUUGUCGAGUUCUGUGUAACUAUAGCAGAAAGUAACCUAGAUUUUUCCAUGAAUCACAUGAUACUAGAGUUGCUAAGGCAAGACAGUUCAAGUGAAGCAAAGGUUAUUGGGCUACGUGCUUUGCUUGAGAUUGUCAUGUCUCCUUCGGGUCAGUGUGCUGGUCUGGAACUCUUCCGAGGAUCUGAUAUUGGCCACCAUCUUCCAAAAGUAAAAAUUGCAAUUGAGCCGAUCCUAAAGAAUUGCCACAGAACCUAUAGUCAAGCUCUUCUUACUUCUUCUUCCAAGGCUACGACCGAUGCUGUCACCAAGGAAAAAUCUCAAGUAUCUCUCUUCAGGUCAGUUCUGAAGUGCAUACCAUAUCUGAUUGAAGAAGUAGGACGGAGUGAUAAGAUCACAGAAAUCAUUCCUCAACAUGGAAUUAGUCUUGAUCCUGGUGUCCGUGAAGAAGCAGUGCAGGUGCUGAAUCGGAUUGUAAGAUAUCUCCCCCACCGUCGUUUUGCAGUGAUGAAAGGGAUGGCCAACUUCAUUCUGCGGCUUCCUGACGAAUUUCCUCUUCUCAUUCAAAAUUCUUUGGGGCGCCUUGUGGAACUAAUGCGCCUGUGGAGGGCUUGUUUAUCUGAUGAGAGGUUAACUUAUGAUACUCAAAAUGCAAAGCAGCCAAACCAAGGCAAUGAUACACCUUCCAAGGUGUCACCUUUCCCUCAAUCAGGGGAAACGAUAGAAUUUCGCACGUCAGAGAUGGACGCUGUUGGGCUUAUCUUCCUUAGUUCUGUGGAUGUUCAGAUAAGGCAUACGGCAUUAGAAUUAUUGCGUUGUGUUCGGGCUUUAAGAAAUGAUAUAAGAGACCUCUCAAUAAGUGAACGCUCUGAUCAUAACUGGAAAAAUGAAGUGGAACCAAUACUUAUCAUUGAUGUUCUGGAAGAAAAUGGGGAUGACAUUGUUCAGAGUUGCUAUUGGGAUUCAGGCCGUCCAUUUGAUUUGAGGCGUGAGUCUGAUGUAGUCCCUCCUGAUGUGACCCUCCAAUCCAUUCUGGAGAACAAUGAUAAGAACAGAUGGGCCCGUUGUCUUAGUGAGCUUGUCAAAUAUGCGGGUGAACUUUGCCCAAAUUCCGUGCAGGAAGCAAGGUUGGAAGUUAUGCAGCGGCUUGCACAUAUUACUCCCAUAGAGUUAGGCGGGAAGGCUCAUCAGUCUCAGGAUGCUGAAAACAAACUGGACCAAUGGCUCAUGUAUUCAAUGUUUGCUUGCUCUUGUCCACCUGAUACCAGAGAAAACAGUGGCUUCACAACGGCUAAAGAGAUCUUCCACCUAAUUUUUCCAUCACUGAAAUCUGGAUCUGAUGCUCACAUACAUGCAGCCACCACAGCUCUUGGCCGCUCGCAUUUGGAAGUUUGUGAAGUCAUGUUUGGAGAGCUUGCAUCUUUUGUUGAAGAGGUUGCGCUGGAAACAGAGGGAAAACCAAAAUGGAAGAAUCAAAAGGCCCGCCGUGAAGAACUCCGUGUUCACAUUGCGAAUGUUUAUCGCACAGUAGCAGAGAAUAUGUGGCCAGGAAUGCUGCGGCAUAAACCUAUUUUCCGUCUGCAUUAUUUGAAAUUCGUUGACGAAACAACCAGGCAGAUAGCAUCAUCACCCAAUGAGUGCUUCCAAGAAACGCAGCCUCUGCGCUUUGCAUUAGCUUCCGUGCUAAGAUCCCUAGCUCCUGAUUUUGUUGAAUCAAGAUCUGACAAAUUCGAUGUCAGAACUCGGAAGCGGCUUUUUGAUAUUCUUCUCUCGUGGUGUGAUGACACAUGUGGAAUGUGGGGCCAGGACAGUGUGAGCGACUAUCGUCGCGAAGUCGAACGCUACAGGUCAGCGAUGCAUAAUCGGUCAAAGGACUCUGUGGACAAAAUAUCAUUCGAUAAAGAGGUGAGUGAGCAAGUUGAGGCGAUUCAAUGGGCCUCCAUGAAUGCUAUGGCUUCUCUGUUAUAUGGGCCCUGCUUCGAUGAUAAUGCAAGAAAAAUGAGUGGCCGAGUUGUAUCCUGGAUCAACAGUUUGUUCAUCGAGCCCUCAUCUAGGGCACCAUUUGGAUAUUCUCCAGCUGAUCCAAGAACACCAUCUUAUGGAAAGUACACUGGAGAGGGAGGGCGAACUGCUGGCGGAAAGGAUCGACAAAGAGGCGGUCAUCUCCGGGUUUCGUUAGCAAAAACAGCUUUAAAAAAUCUUCUUCAGACAAAUUUGGAACUAUUUCAUGCUUGCAUUGACCAGUGCUACUCUUCAGAUGCUUCCAUAGCAGAUGGCUACUUCAGUGUGCUGGCUGAAGUCUACAUGCGCCAAGAGAUCCCAAAAUGCGAAAUCCAGAGGCUCCUGAGCUUGAUCCUCUACAAGGUGGUAGACCCAUCGAGGCAAAUCCGCGAUGAUGCCCUUCAAAUGCUCGAGACACUCUCUGCCCGUGAAUGGGCUGCUGAGGGCACUGACGGAGCAGGCCGUUAUCGGGCCGCUGUUGUUGGCAAUCUCCCAGACUCCUACCAACAGUUCCAAUACAAGCUCUCAUCCAAACUUGCCAAAGACCAUCCUGAUCUGAGCAAGUACCUAUGUGAGGAAAUCAUGCAACGGCAGCUGGACGCUGUUGACAUAAUUGCACAACAUCAGGUCUUAACAUGCAUCGCACCAUGGAUUGAAAACCUCAACUUCUUGACACUCUGGGAAUCAGGAUGGAGUGAAAGACUCUUAAAAAGCCUUUACUACGUGACAUGGCGGCAUGGCGAUCAUUUCCCUGAUGAAAUUGAGAAGCUGUGGAGUACGAUUGCUAGCACACCCAAGAAUAUUAUUCCUGUUCUUGAUUUUUUGAUCACUAAAGGCAUCGAAGAUUGCGAUUCAAAUACCUCGGCUGAAAUAAGUGGAGCAUUCGCUACUUACUUUUCGGUUGCAAAACGUGUGAGUUUGUAUCUUGCACGUAUAUGCCCACAGCAGACUAUUGAUCACUUGGUGUAUGAAUUGUCUCAGAGAAUGCUGGAGGACAGUGUAGAGCCAGUUAGGCCCAGUGUGAGUAAGGGCGAUGCUACUGGAAAUUUUGUAUUGGAGUUCUCUCAAGGGCCCACAGCAGCUCAAAUUGCUGCUGUUGUGGAUAGCCAGCCCCACAUGUCACCUUUGCUCGUGCGUGGGUCCCUCGACGGCCCACUCAGGAACACAAGCGGGAGCCUGAGCUGGCGGACUGCAGCUGUGACAGGCCGGAGCAUCUCUGGCCCGCUGAGCCCAAUGCCUCCAGAUGUGAACAUUGUCAGCUCUGCCACUGGCCGAUCGGGACAGCUCCUCCCAUCGAUGAUGAACAUGUCAGGGCCGUUGAUGGGGGUCCGUAGCUCAACAGGGAGCUUGCGGAGUCGGCAUGUGUCACGGGACAGUGGAGAUUACCUCAUCGAUACACCAAACUCUGGUGAGGACAUGUUGCAUUCUGGCAGCGCAGCUCAUGGGGUCAACGCUGGUGAGCUCUCAUCUGCCUUGGCUGGGCAGCCUCAGCAUUCGCUAUCUCGUGCAGACAUAGCAUUGAUUCUACUUGCAGAGAUUGCUUAUGAGAAUGACGAGGAUUUCCGUGGGCACUUGCCUUUGCUGUUUCAUGUCACAUUUGUUUCAAUGGACAGUUCGGAGGAUAUCGUGCUUGAACAUUGUCAGCAUCUGCUCGUGAAUCUGCUGUACUCGCUUGCUGGUAGGCACUUGGAGCUAUACGAGGUUGAGAACAGUGAUGGGGAGAACAAGCAGCAGGUCAUAAGCUUGAUCAAAUAUGUGCAGUCGAAACGUGGCAGCAUGAUGUGGGAAAACGAGGACCCCACACUUACACGGACUGAGCUCCCUAGUGCUGCACUAUUGUCAGCGCUUGUAUUGAGCAUGGUUGAUGCUAUUUUCUUUCAAGGGGACCUGCGUGAGACAUGGGGAGCUGAGGCACUCAAGUGGGCCAUGGAGUGCACAUCGAGGCACCUUGCCUGCCGCUCGCAUCAGAUCUAUCGUGCACUGCGGCCCACCGUUACUAGCGACACCUGUGUGUCACUCCUCCGUUGCCUGCACAGGUGCUUAGCCAAUCCAGUCCCAGCCGUUCUGGGCUUCGCCAUGGAGAUUCUGCUGACAUUGCAAGUCAUGGUGGAGAACAUGGAGCCAGAGAAGGUGAUACUCUACCCACAGCUCUUCUGGGGAUGUGUUGCAAUGAUGCACACAGAUUUCGUCCAUGUCUAUUGCCAGGUACUUGAGCUGUUUGCCCGUGUGAUCGAUCGGCUGUCAUUCCGGGACAGGACGACGGAGAACGUGCUCUUGUCAAGCAUGCCUCGUGAUGAGCUUGACACCAGUGUUUGUGAUGUGGGGGAGUUCCAACGGAUGGAAUCAAGGACAGGUGGUGACGCCCCGCCUGAAAGUGGGAAAGUGCCAGCUUUUGAGGGUGUGCAGCCUCUUGUGCUAAAAGGGCUCAUGUCAACCGUGAGUCAUGGGUCCGCCAUCGAGGUGCUCUCUCGGAUCACACUCCAUUCGUGCGACUCCAUAUUUGGCAACUCAGAGACACGUCUCCUGAUGCACAUCACAGGGUUGUUGCCCUGGCUAUGCCUGCAGCUCAACAAGGAUUCAGUGCCUGGGCUGGCCUCGCCGCUCCAACAGCAAUACCAGAAAGCAUGCUCCGUUGCAGCCAACAUUUCACUUUGGUGCCGAGCGAAAUCAUUGGAUGAACUUGCUGUUGUAUUUUUAGCUUAUGCUCGCGGUGAGAUUACCGGCAUCACCAAUCUUCUGGCCUGCGUAUCACCACUGAUGUGCACUGAGUGGUUCCCACAGCACUCGGCACUGGCAUUCGGUCACUUGCUGCGGCUGCUGGAGAAAGGGCCAGUUGAGUACCAGCGUGUGAUCCUGCUCUUGCUGAAGGCGCUGCUCCAGCAUACGCCCAUGGAUGCAACCCAGAGUCCGCAUAUGUAUGCGAUUGUCUCACAGCUGGUAGAGAGCACAUUGUGUUGGGAAGCAUUGAGUGUAUUGGAAGCCCUCUUGCAAAGCUGUAGCAGCUUGACUGGGGGCCACACACAUGAGCCAGGGUCAAUUGAGAAUGGGCUUGGUGCCAGUGAAGAGAGAGCAUCGAUUAACAUGCUUGCACCUCAGAGCUCAUUUAAAGCCAGGAGUGGACCAAUGCAGUUUGCAACAGGGUCAGCAUUCAGUGGUGGCCCGGUAGGGGCAGCAGCGCAGGGGGGAGGUCCAGAAGCAGGGUUGUCACCAAGGGAAGUGGCAUUGCAAAACACACGAUUGAUUCUUGGGCGGGUUCUCGACACAUGCGCACUCGGUAGGCGGAGGGAUUACAAGCGGCUUGUGCCUUUUGUUGCUAAUAUUGGGAACCUAUAGUCUCUAUGUGCUUUGUUUGGUACAUGUGUUUUUGGAGCAUGCAUGCAUUUUUGCAUGGAGCAGUUGAUUCUGUAAAUUGACAUCAUAGCGCAAUCGUUGUAUGUGUACAUGUUUUUAUUUAUAUUCUCUAUUGUCCUUUUCUA